GGUUUCUUUAUUCUCAAUAUCCGCCUGCUUGGUACCUCGCUUCAUAUAACGCGCACUAAAACCAUUGUGUCACCAUUCGUUUGUUCUCAAAACACGACUGUUGAAUCCUCCUGGUGAACUAGCGCCUCGGAACUCACACUUCUUCUAUACACAUUCUCAUAGUCACCGGUGAAUCUGAGAUCCUUCUUUUAUCCUUGAUCAUAUCCUGCUUUGUUCUGUCGUUUGCUGCACCCACUUUAUACGAGUUUCUACGCAUACACUUCGCCAUCUAUCUGCCAUCUACAUCGAACUCUCCCCUCGCGGAUCUCAUCAUGACUUCUCAGGUCUUCUCGCUUCCGGAAUCUGACCUUCGCCGUGCUGCUACCCAGUCCAAACGUGUUCGCGAUCAUAACGAAAAGUGGGCUUUAGGUUUCCGAGACCCCAAAUUGACUCCACUGGGACACGAAAUUCGGAAUCCUGGCUAUACCCGGAUCCGUCCCAUGCCAUCUCAGAGCAGCAAGGCUUGCAAGACCCUUCGGGACCUCAACCAGACGGAAAUCAACAAGAGGUUUGCCGAUAAACGGGCCUACUUCAGCUACGUCGUCGACCAAGUAUUAUACGACGACCACACCCACUCAGACUCCUCUGCCGAUUCCGAUAACGCGCCCGAUGACUGCGAGGCUGCAAAUGAUCCGAAUGUCUUCUACUCCUUCGAUGCACCCACAGGCCCCAGCCAGGGGAGUGACAUCCUCAGCACCGCCCUCGCGAAUGCCGUGAAGAAGUUCGAAACGCAAGAGACGGAGAAGCUGGCUCGCGAAUACGAGUUUGUCGGCAGCGAAGAGCCCUCAAGUAGACAUGGCGACGGAUACAUGGCUGAUGAUGACGAUUUUGAGUUCAUUAGCCGUGCGGACGUGUAGCUUGACAGGAGAAGGAGAGCCGGCCCUAGUAACGUUGGUUGCACACAUGUAGCUCUUU